UGCAGAGUCCCCUGGGCAGCAAAAGGCAUGUCUUGUUUAACGAACAGUCAGAAGGUCAGUGUGAAUGGAGCAGAGUGAGCAGGGCAAAAACGUAAAGCAAAUGGUGGUGGAGAGGUGAGGCCAUGCAGUGGCUGAGAGAUCCUGUGUGUGGAAAAAUAUAGAGGUGUAUUCCAGAGGUGACAGUUCAUGGCACAUAUAGUUAGAACAUGCUAUUUGGCACUUAUUUUUGUCAUGUCGCCAUUGGUUAAAGCAACAAUAGAUGUGUGCAAGAGAGGAGAUGUGACUGUGGAGCCUUCCCGUGUCCUCCCACUUGGAUCUGCUGUCAACAUGUCAUGCUCUUUAAAGCCCAAGCAAGGCUGCUCUCCAUAUUCCAAUUUUAACAAGUUAAGCCUCUACAAGUUUCACCAAAAAAUAAAGUUCCAGCAUGGCCACUCCCUCAGUUUGCAGGUCUCAGGUCUUCCUCUGGGCACAACAGUGUUUGUCUGCAAACUGGCCUGCGGCAGUAGUGAGGAGAUCCAGAUAUGUGGGGCAGAGAUCUCAGUUGGUGUUGUUCCAGAACAGCCUCAAAACUUAUCAUGCACACAGAAGGGAGAACGUGGGACUGUGGCCUGCACCUGGGACAGAGGACGAGACACCCACCUACCUACUGCGUAUACUUUACAGUUAAAUGGACCAAAAAAUUUAACUUGGCAGAAGACAUGUAAUGAUUAUUACUGUGACCAUUUGGACCUUGGAAUCAACCUAUCCCUGGAAUCACCUGAAUCCAGUUACACAGCCAGGGUUACUACCAUCAGUGAUCUUGGAAAUGCUUCUUCAUUUCCAUCCACAUUCACAUUCUUGGACAUAGUGAGGCCUCUUCCUCCGUGGGACAUCAGAAUCAAAUGUGCAAAUGAUUCUGUGAGCAGGUGUACUCUUCAGUGGAGAGAUGAGGGGAUGGUGCUGUUUAAUCGACUCAGAUAUCGGCCCAGUAACAGCAGGUCCUGGAAUAUGGUUAAUACUACAAAUGCCAAAGGAAGACAUGAUUUAUUGGAUCUGAAACCAUUCACAGAUUAUGAAUUUCAGGUUUCCUCUAAACUACAUCUUUAUAAAGGCAGUUGGAGUGACUGGAGUGAAUCAUUGAGAAUGCAAACGCCAGAAGAAGAGCCUAUGGGGACAUUAGAUGUCUGGUACAUCAGACAGAACACUGACUACAGGAGACAACAGAUUUCUCUUUUCUGGAAGAAUCUGAGUGUAUCAGAGGCAAGAGGAAAAAUCCUCCACUAUCAGGUGACUUUGCUGGAGGUGGCUGGGGAGAAAGCCACACUACAGAACAUCACAGAACAUACCUCCUGGACCUGGGUCAUUCCCAGAACUGAGAACUGGGCUGUGGCUGUGUCUGCAGCUAACUCAAAAGGCAGUUCCCUGCCCACUCGUAUUAACAUAACAGACCUGUGUGGGACAGGGUUGCUGGCUCCUGGCCAGGUCUCUGCAAACUCAGAGGGCAUGGACAGCAUUAUGGUGAUCUGGGAGCCCCCCGGGGAAGCCGCCUCUGCUGUCCAAGAGUACGUGGUGGAAUGGAGGGAGCUCCAUCCGGGGCGCGGCACGCGGCCCCCUCUGAACUGGCUACGGACUUCCCCCUACAACGUGUCUGCUUUGAUUUCAGAGAACAUAAAACCUCACAUCUGCUAUGAAAUCCGCGUGCACGCACUGUCAGGGCACCGGGGAGGAUGCCACUCCAUCUGGGCUGACUCUGCGCACAAAGCACCACUGAGUGGCCCCCACAUUAAUGCCAUCACAGAGGAAAAGGGGCGCAUUUUAAUGUCGUGGGACGAAAUUCCAGCCCAGGAACAAAUGGGCUGCAUCCUCCAUUACAGGAUAUACUGGAAGGAACAGAGCUCCACUUCCCAACCUCGAUUUUGUGAAAUUCCCUAUCGCAUCUCUGAAAAUUCACAUCCAAUAGACAGUCUGCAGCCCAGAGUGAGAUAUGUCCUGUGGAUGACAGCUCUGACAGCAGCUGGCGAAAGCCCCCAAGGAAAUGAGAGGGAAUUUUGUCUGCAAGGUAAAGCCAAUUGGAGCACAUUUGUGGCACCGAGCAUUUGCACUGCUAUCAUCAUGGUGGGCAUUUUCUCAAUACGUUACUUCCGGCAAAAGGUAUUUGUUCUCCUGUCAGCCCUCAGACCUCAGUGGUGUAACAGAGAAAUUCCAGACCCAGCGAACAGCACUUGGGCCAAGAACUAUCUCAUUAUGGAGGAGGUGCAGCUGCCCGUGGAGAGGCUCCUGACAGAUGGGCCCGCUCCGAAAGAACCCGAGCCCCUGGUCAUCAGCGAAGUCUUGCAUCAAGUGACCCCAGUCUUCAGACAGCUCCUUCGUGCCAACUGGCCAGAGAAGGGAAAAGGAGACCAAGGUCACUAUACCUCUGAGGAAACAAGGUACAGUGCCUCGAGAUUACCACCUCCAAGAGCUCUCACGGCAGAGACAGGGCAGCUAGUGGAUCUGUACAAGGUGCUGGGGAGCAGGAGCCCCAACUCAAAGCCAGGAAACCCAGCAAGCCCCUCGCGGGUCCUCCCAGGGGACUACCUUCCCACCCAGGAGGGCUACUUACCCUCCAACAUAGAUUACCUCCCUGCACACGGGGCUCCUGGAACUGAGCCCCCGGAAGAACUGGAGCCUCAGCACAUCUCCCUUUCUGUGUUCCCCUCAAGUACCCUGCAACCACUCCCCUUCUCCUGUGGUGAGAAGCUGACUUUGGAUCGGUUAAAGAUGGGGUGCGGUCCCCUCAUGCUUUGAGUGAAGCUUGAAACUUGGAAAGUUGAAGUGCUCCCAACCAGCGCAGCAGGCCCAUCGACCCAGCCCUCUGCUCACUGUCAUCACCUCUGGUGCUACCAUUAGGUCUGGUUGCAGCUAGAGGGCAGUCAAGCCGGCUCAGGGUGAUCUCAGGAACUGCGAGUUGGCUGCAACCCAGAUACUUCACCUUGCCUUCUCUGGAGGCUUGAUAUUACAUCGUUCACUGCGUGGACCUACAGACUCCAGACUAAGUUCCCACAACUUCCUUGGCUUUGCUGCAGAGUGGAAACCAAAGCUCUUACUGGCAAUGGCAUAUAGUCCUGAGGACUGUUCACACAACUGUUUAAAAAUCAGCUACUACAUACCAGGUCUUAUGUCUCACCAGCCUAACUGCACUGUUCAGUACUGGCUGUUGACUCUUUGGGAUGUGCCAAAUAUGACUGAAGAACUGAAUUUUGGUUGUAAUUAUGUCACACAUGGCUAAUGGCUACUGUAUUCAGCACAACUACAGAUAAUGGACACAUUGGUGAGAAAUACAGGGGGAGCCUUCAAAACAGAUCAGCCUAGUUUUGCAAUUGACAUAAAAGACCCUGGUAAACACCAGUAUAAAAGGAUUUCCAAGAUGGUUCUGACUGUCCUUAUUUGUGGAGGCCUAAGAAUGCAUUUUUCCCCCUAGCUUUGCUAGUUUGGUUUGUUUUGCCUUCAUCAUGCAGUGAAUCCAGAGCAGCCUGAUGGUGGGAAAGCUAAUGUACACCCACCUUAGGACCUGAGCAAACAGCCUCCCCUCUAA